CAAUGGCAGUCACUGCGUUCUCAUCUCAUCUCAACACGAUAACCUAGAACACAACUAAUUCACUGAACAUAAGAACAAAAAGAAUUUUCACAAUGUUUUCGCAUACUAUUUUUCUUGUCUGAUCGAUGGGGGUUGGUGGUAAUUUCUGGGAGCUGCUAAAGCCCUAUGCGCGCCGCGAGGGUUUUGAUUUCUUGAGGAACAAGCGAGUUGCUGUGGACCUAUCAUUCUGGAUUGUUCAGCAUGAAAAUGCCAUGAAAGCUACUCAUGUCAGAAAACCUCACCUCAGACUUACCUUCUUCCGGACCAUAAAUCUCUUCUCCAAGUUUGGGGCACUUCCUGUGUUCAUUGUUGAUGGAACUCCAUCACCAUUGAAAGCACAGUCCAGGAUUGCAAGAUAUUUUCGGUCUUCUGGCAUUGAGUUGACUAGCUUGCCAGUCUCAGAAGGUGUUUCAGCAGAUAGGAGCAGUCUGUUUUCAAGUCGAGUUCAAGAAUGUGUGGAACUGGGCAAACUACUUGGAAUGCCUGUACUACAGGCUAAAGGAGAGGCCGAAGCACUCUGCGCUCAAUUAAAUAAUGAAGGUCAUGUAGAUGCUUGCAUCACAGCUGACAGUGAUGCAUUCCUCUUUGGGGCCAAAUGCGUUAUAAAAUGUUUCUGUCCCAAUUCCAAAGAACCAUUUGAAUGCUACAACAUGUCAGAUAUUGAAGCUGGACUCGGAUUGAAGAGGAAACACUUGAUAGCUAUCUCUCUUUUAGUUGGAAAUGAUCAUGAUAUGAAUGGUGUUCGAGGAAUUGGGCUUGAUAAUGCACUUCAUUUUGCUAAGGCUUUUAAUGAAGAUGAUAUAUUGAACAGAUUACGGGAGAUAGGCAAAGGGGGCAAUACUUCACAAAUUCCCAGCUGCACUAUAUUCGAGGACAACAAAGAUGUUGAUGGAAACUGCACGAAUAUAAAACAACCUCAUUGCUCAUUAUGUGGGCAUCCUGGCAGCAAGAAAGAUCAUAUGAAAUUUUCUUGUGAAUACUGUGUCAAAAAGGAUGAUGAAGGCUGCCGGAGAAAACCAGAGGGUUUUAAAUGUGAUUGCUGCUCCUGUGUUUUGAAUAGGAGACAUAAGGAGCAAAAAAGAGAGGAAAAUUGGUACUCAAAAAUUUGUCUCAAAAUUGCAGAGGAGCCAAACUUUCCCAAAGAUGAAAUCAUUGACAUGUACUUAUGCAAUGACAAUGGUUACUUUUCAGCAAGUGAUGGUCCUCGGAUCAUAUGGGGAAAACCUAAUAUUGAGAUGCUGAUUGAUUUUUUAAACUUCCAUCAGCGUUGGGAUCCAUCCUACAUUCGACGGACUAUGUUUCCUAUGAUGUCCACUAUCUUUCUGAGAGAUAUGUCCACUACACCUACGGGAGAAACUUUGUUAUUUGGGCAAUAUGAGUUUGAUUCGGUUGAACGUGUGAAGAUGAGAUAUGGAUAUCAGUUUUAUGUGGUCAAGUGGAAACGUGCAGGGGUAAACAUUAACACCAGCAAAGUUCCAUCAAAUGAAUCCAGUGCGCAACAAGAUGUAGUAGAGCUUGAUGAAAUGGUGGAUCUACUGGACGACGCUCCUGAGAUUCAUGUAGAUGGAUGUAGCUUUCUGUUUACAGAUGAAAACAUGGACCUAGUAGGGACUGCUUUUCCAGCAGAAGUCAAAAGUUUUUUGCAGGAGCAGGAAAGGAAAAGGAGAAAGAACUCAAAAUCAAGGUGCCAAGAAAAUGAAAACUCAGUUUCUCCAAACUCAAGAAGUACUCAGCUAAACAUCACAGAGUUCUUUCCAUCAACCAAAAUUAAACAUCGUCAAUCAAAACAAAGAGAAGAAUCAUCCAAUGAUGCUGAUAGUGAGGGCAGCAAGAGUUCCAAAAUUAAAAGAAAAGUGUCUAAUUCUGACAAUCUUCCAAAAUCUGUGAGGCGUCGCCUUUUGUUUGACUAGUGAGUAUAUUUACAUAUGCUUGAGUUUUGAAUUUGCUGACCUUAACAGUAUCGAAGCAGUGAAAAUAGAGUUGUAUUGACCUUGUUACCUGCUUCUCUAAUUUUGUGAAUAAUUUUUAGUUAGUUCUUUUUUCUCUAUUGUAA